CUCAAGGUCUAGUCAAGGAUUCUCCGCAUUGUGAAUGAAAGUGAAACAAGUUAGAAAUCAUCAAUCGUUAGUCUGGCUAGUGGCUAGGGGGAAUCAUACCUAAGUGAGUUCCCAACCUGUAAUUAGAUUAACUUUAACUGUAGUUUGCUAGAGUAGUUUUAGUUCUUUCAUCUUAAUCUGGUUUGCUAAAUAAUAAACUGAAGCUGAGUAAUAGUAACUCUAGAGACCCGUUGAUUCGAUAUUUAUCACUUGAGCCACUAUACUGCAGUCCCUUCCAUUGGUUACACUUGGCCAUUGUUAGGUGUUGUGUCGUAGCGAGUCAGUAUGGGUUUGAUCCUUUAACCCCAUUGAAUUUGUCUCCUUUACAUGUCAAUGAGCGUGUGAAUUUUGAUGCUGCGAAGAAAGCAGAGUUUGUUCGAGAUUUGCAUGAGAAGGUGGGGGUGAACAUAGCGAGACGGACGGAGCAAGUUCUGAAGAACGUGAACAAACAUCGGCAUCCUCAACGAUUCGAGCACGGAGAUUGGGUCUGGGUGCACAUGAGGAAGGAACGUUUUCCCCAACAACGAUGUUUUAAGCUACCGCCUCGUAGAGAUGUACCCUUUCAAGUCCCCGCCCAUAUCAAUGACACCGCCUACAAGAUUGAUAUGUCAGGCGAGUAUGGUGUGAGUGCUACAUUCAAUGUUGCUUACUUAGCGACUUUCCUUGAAGACAACUCAGAUUUGAGGGCAAAUCCUUUCCAAGUGGAAGGGGAUGAUGAAGGCAUCAACACCAAGGCGAUAAUAAGUCCAACGUUGGUGCGAGAGGAGCAUGGUCUAGCUAGUCACUAGAAGUCAAGUCAAGGCAUUCAAGGGUCGACUUCAAACUUAUUUGGCUCAGAACUUCACCAAUAUGGAGUUCGAGCUGUUCGUGGGACGAUAAGUGAUGACGAUUCAAGUUGGGGCUGUCUCAGGCCAAAUCCACGGUUUAGAGGUUGAAAUCCAUGUUCGUGGAAAUGGACUUGGGGUCGUGGAUUCUAUCGAGAGGAAUUCCACGGCCUGAAGACACAAAUCCACGACCGUGGAUGUUGAGAGGUCAGGGCAUGGAUUUUAACCUACUGUUGCAGGUUGUUUUUGUUUCCUUUGCGGAUUAAGUGGCUUAUGGACCAAAACUCGGGUUUCUUUGUUAUUUUUUGCCUAAAACCUUUGUAGCCUAUAUAAGGAGAUGAACUAAGUCUUUUAGGGGGUAAUCAACAUUUUUAUUCAUAAAUACAAAUCCUAGAAUUGG